AUGCGUUCUACAAUUGCUUUAUCUGCCGCCAUCUCUGUUGUGGGUUUCGCUAGUGGUGUUCUAGCUACCCCUCCAGCUUGCUUGCUGGCUUGUGUCGCGCAGGUCACCAAGAAGUCGUCUACUUGCGACCUGGACGCAGUCUCCUGCGUGUGCGAGAAGCAGGCCGGCGAUGUCAAGAGCUGCUUGGACUCCGCGUGCCCUAACGGCGACGCGGACUCUGCGUACUCUGCUUUCAAGAGCUCGUGCUCCGAGCAAAACGCCUCUGUGAGCUCUGCUUCUUCUUCCGCGUCGAAGAGCUCUUCCGCCUCUACUUCUCACAGCUCUUCCUCCUCUUCUGCGUCGAGCACCUCGUCUGCUUCCAAGAGCUCUUCUGCUUCUAGCACUUCUGCUUCUGCUUCCAGCAGCUCCAGCUCUGCUUCACCUUCUAGCAGCUCUGCUUCACCUUCUAGCAGCUCCGCUUCAUCUUCUAACAGCUCCGCUCCAGCUUCUAGCAGCUCUGCUUCUGCUUCCGGCACUUCUGCUUCUGCUUCCAGCAGCUCCAGCUCUGCUUCCCAGAGCUCUUCUGCCCCUGCUUCUAGCUCUUCUGCCCCAGUGUCCAGCUCUUCCGCUGUUUCAUCCACUGCAAUUAGCUCUUCCACAACCCCGUCCUUUUCAUCCUACUCUUCGGCCACCUCUUCAUCUAGCUCCGAGGUUGUUAUUUCUACCCAAACCGAUGCCGCUGGCGCUCUAGGUGUUGGGUCCGGUUUGGUGGGCGGUUUGUUGGUCGCUGGUAUGCUAUUGUAA